UACUACAAGGUAGAUUCGUAUGGACUUUCCCGAUGUUCUAGCACUUCUUUACGUUUGGAAAACUUCGUUCGUCUUUACACUUCGUCGCUUUAGUGAGAUCAAACUGUCUCCGGAAUUUGCCUAGAUAUUUUAGCUUUGCGGGUAAUAUCUAAAAUCUCUGAUCUUUAUAAAAAAGUAAAAAGAAAUAAAAACUGAUUAACACCAUAGAAAAUCGUAAACUUAUUACGCCUUAAACUGCUCACUAUAUUUUACAUAAACGCAUGCAAUUUUGGAACUAAAUCAUCAAAACAAGUGGGCGAGAAAACAAAUAAUGGCGCUGGCAAAUCGAAGACCGCCGGCAGACAGUGGAGCCGGUAAAGGAUACGGAGG